UCUUCUUACUCAACUUUCUAUACCGUAUGCAUUUGAAGUAUCAACCCUAUUUCAUUUGUGAUUAAUUUGAAAGCCAAUGGCUUUUCCACGCUCAACUUGUUUGCUUCUACUCUUGGCUUCAUUUUUGCUAACUCCAUUGGAAGGUCAUACUUUUAAUGUCAUGGACUAUGGUGCAAUUGGAAAUGGCAGAACCGAUGACAGUGAAGCUUUCAUGAAAGCUUGGAGUGAUGUGUGCAAGGCUUCAGCUUCUCCAACGUUUCUUGUUCCUGGAGACAGAAGGUUUUUGAUCAAUCCCGUCGUCUUCGAGGGCCGCUGUAGGUCCAAAAAAAUUAAGUUCAAGGUAGAUGGGACUAUAACGGCGCCAAGUGAACCUUCAAAAUGGAAAUGCAUUAAUAAGCAAUGCCAUAGUUGGAUCAGCUUUAAGCAUGUAGAUGGCCUUGUCAUCUCUGGUUCUGGCACCAUUGACGGCAAUGCAGAGAAAUGGUGGAAGCAAGGUCGUGUUACGGUAUGA